AUGGCCGAAGACGAAGGAGCCUCUCCUCGCGAGUUGAUCGUGGAAGCCUGCCGCCGAGACCAGCCGCACCUGAUCGAGCAAGUUCUGGACAGCAUGAACGAGAAAUCAAAUGAGGAGGUGGCACAAUUCUUCAAUGAGGUGACAGAUGCCUUGGGAAAUCACGCAUUGCACAUAUGCGCAACCUAUGGCAGCUACGACGCGAUGGACUCUCUCUUCGACAUACAGUACUUUGAGUGCGACCCGCUCACUCGGUCGGACAAAGACACACCAUUACACCUCGCUGUGCGAUACGCCAACGAGAAGGACGAGGAGUUGGGUACGGAGAUGGUGAAAAUGAUGUGUGAGGCUGGCUGUGAUCCCCGGGUGCGGAACAAGCACGGCCAAAAACCUGCCGAUCUGGUCUUCAAUAAGCCCGAGAUUAAACAGACUCUUCAGCAGGCUGAGUACAUCCUCGCUGAGGGCAUUCAGAAUGACGGGGACGAGGACAUGGACCAUGACAGCGCCAGUGACAGCAACUAG